GCCCCUCUCGUGCGGCCCUGGUCCGGCCCGUGUGCGCCUCGGGGUCCGGCGGCGCUGAGGCGGCGGCGGCGCGUCCCGCUGGGUGCGGCCGCCUCCCGGGUACAGCUGGGCUGAGGCGCUCGGUCUCGGGAGGGCUGGAAGGAGCUGCGAGUCCCGUUCCUCCCCGCUCUCCGAUGUUUUCAAUAAGGGCGGGCGAGGGGAUAAAGGAGGGAGCUCCACAUUCCGCUCCCGACCACCCGACUGUUGUUUUCCUCGUGUGGGAGAGGUAGCUGCUAAUGUUGUGAAUAAGGCUUUGAAACUCCUCCCCAUGAAACUUUGCCUUUGAACUCAAAAUUCUUUUCCAUCAGAUUUUAAAAACUAAAGGAGGAUGUCCUUUUUCCCUAAAAUUGCUUUCCAAUAUGAAGUUGAAGAGUAUCUCACCAAAGUGUUCAGAAAUAAUGAGCUUAUCACUGCUUUAGGUACACAGGAGGCAGAGAAUAAAUACCAGUCUCUGUUAAGUCAUCUAUCUCAUCCACCAGCUUUUACGACUGUGAGAGUAAAUACCCACUUGGCCUCAGUGAAACAUGUGAAAAAAUUGCUGUUUGAAGAGAUCCAGAGGCAAUUUAAAGGACUACGUGUUCCAGUUCUUGAGCACCCAAAACUUCAGGACGUUUUAUUAAUUCCUGUCAUUGGACCCAGGCGAGAUUUAAAAAAACAUGCAUCUGAAGUCAUAGUUGGAGCUCAGUGUGGAUAUGCAGUACUUCGAGGAGCACACGUUUAUGUCCCUGGAAUUUUAUCCACUUCAAGAUUUGUGAAGGCUGGAGAUACGGUUUCAGUGUAUUCAGAUAUUGAAGGGAAGUGCAAAAGAGGAGCCAAAGAAUUCGAUGGAGUCAAAGUUUUCCUUGGAAAUGGGAUCUCAGAACUCAGUCGCAGUGAAAUCUUCAGUUCCAGUGGCCCACUGAAGGGACUGGGUAUAAGAAUGAUAGAGCCAGUCUACCUUAGUCCUUCAUUUGACAAUGUGCUCCCUAGUAAUCUGUUUUUACAGAAUUUACCUUCUGUGGUUGUGAGCCAUAUUUUAGACCCUCAACCAGGAGAGAAAAUUUUGGAUAUGUGUGCUGCACCUGGAGGAAAAACAACCCAUCUUGCAACAUUAAUGCAUGAUCAGGGUGAAGUAAUAGCCAUGGACAAAACAGUUAACAAGGUCAAGAAAAUCAAGCAGAAUGCUGAAUUGCUGCAGUUGAAUUGCAUUAAGGCCUUUUGCUAUGAUGGAACAAAGGCCCUUUCAGACGAGAAGAGGGAAGAUAAACAAGAAGGACCUCCAUUCUUACCAGAGUCGUUUGAUCGAAUUCUUCUUGAUGCUCCAUGUAGUGGGAUGGGACAGAGACCAAACAUGGCUUACUCCUCAACUUUAAAGGAAGUGACCUCGUAUCAGCCACUACAGCGCAAGCUUUUCACUGUGGCAGUGAAGUUGCUGAAGCCAGGAGGUGUUUUAGUAUAUAGUACAUGUACAAUUACACUUUCUGAAAAUGAGGAGCAAGUUGCUUGGGCCCUGAAAACUUUUCCAUGUCUCCAGCUUCAUCCACAGGAACCUCACAUUGGAGGAGAAGGCAUGAAGGGAGCUGGACUAUCACUUGAUCAGUUGAAGCUGCUGCAGAGAUUCGAUCCCUCUGCUGUCACAUUGCAAGGAAUGGAUAUUAAUUCUUUACAAGAUUCCAGAGAAGAUGACCUGAUUUCAUUGGCAAAUAAGGACUGUAUAGGAUUUUUCAUUGCAAAAUUUAUUAAAUUGCACAGUAAAUAAGGAUUUGGGAAUGCAACCUGAAAAAAUACCUCAGUGAGUCUAAGAACAGUUCAGACGUGAAGUGCCUUUCUUCCUGCUGCAAUGUUACCAAGCCAACAGGCUGACGGCAGGGUUGCUAUGGCAGCAACUAAAAUCUGCCAGCUGUUCUUAUGGGAAAGAGCCACAGGUUGCAGCAGAAAAGUCAUGCUGGGGGAAGGGUAGUGUCAUUUAUAAAUCUCCCUCUCCUUUUGUAUUUGCAGCAGUUCAGUGCCUGAAUGACAACUAUGUUCUCUCAUACUGCUGUCUGCUCUGGUUUCCCCUUAUCUGGUGUAGCAAAUGUAGGAAGGGGAUGUAAGCUACUUUAUGAAAUGCAAGCAUAAAUAAAAUAGAUAGGAACUAUUACAGUGAAUUUUGGAAAGGGUAUUUUCUGUGGAGCUUUACCAAUAUUCAGUUUCCUUAAAUAGUGCUUCUCAAAACACUGCAACAUUUUACAAAAAACUGUUUUAUAAAUUGAUACUUAGAACCUCAUUUCUCUUUUAUUUUAAUACAAGCAAGAUUCUCUGUACACAUAGUAUAUACACAAAAUACGAUUAGGCUUUGUAGCAUGUCUUUUAUAGCAGCAUGAAUAUAUUAAACCAUCUCACUCUGGGAAUGUAAAUAAAUAUUGUUUCAACAUCAAACUUCCCAUGCAUAAACUGUAUUGGUUCUGAAAUAGCCUAUUGGACUGGCUGACAAGUGACAGUUUUAAAAUCAAACAUUUGUAACAGAAGGGGCUACAGUUAUGAUUAUAUCAAAAUAUUGUGAAUAUAUCAAAAGACAGAAAACAAUGCAUAAUACCAUCUGAAAUGUUGCAAAUCACCUUUCAGACAACUAAGGAUAUUAACUCUUUAUUGGUUAGAAAGCAUCACCAGCUAAAAUCAUAUGAAAAUUGAAACUGGGGAAGCAUGCUAAUGAAAACUGCCUUAGUACUUGCUCAAAGUUUAAACAAUCUAAAUGUCUUAAAGACGUUAGAUGUAUUUGAAAAUUCUUCAGUUCCAGUUUGAACAGUAUUCUCAGUCCUGCUGGAACUGACAAUAGCACUAAAAUUAGAAAAACAGAAACUGACAUCUGUGUAUGUUUGAUGUUUUCCUCUCACUCAUCAAUUUCCAGUUUUAAAAAGCAUUUUCUGAAAAAUGUCUGUCUUUUCACAUAUAACUAUUUGGUUGGAUUAAAAAGAGCAAUAGUUCUUUUAUCAUUUGCCUUUCUACUGUCAGAAGAGCUUUUUGUAUUCGCUCGCAAUCAAAACAAAUGUAUACAAUUCUUUUUUGUGGUAGUCUGGUUUGUUUACUUAUAUUUUCCACAAAUGUUUUGAUACUGUAUGUUUUCUACUGCUCUUGAAUAAAAACCAAAUGUUUCUUCUGUCCUGCCAA